AAGGAAGUUUAAAAGACCUGUUUUAAAGGACUGCCUGGUCUCAGCGCUGUCUUCUGUUUUGUAAUUUGCUUUGUUUUCACCAUGUGAAACUGAAAAUCCCUUAGUCCGCUCGAGUUUCCGUGUUUCGGUAGGAUACAGGUUAAAGACGGGCAGCGCGCGUUCCCGCCCCUCGGUUACAGUCAGCGGCGCUGCGGGUUCACAGACUUCAGGCUGUGAGUGUUUCAGGGCUUCAGUAUCCUGAGCUGAAGAUCUUCUCACACCACUUUCCUGAAGGAGAGAGAGAGAGAGAGAGGGCAGGAAGAAAGCAUGGGCUGCCACCACAGCAAGCCGUGUCUCCACGCCUGUCAGAGGAAGCAGAAGAAAAACAAAGCAAAAUGUGAGACCCAUCAAAAGGAGAUCAGCGCUCAGGAUGGAAGUGGAAAGCUCCCUCUGCAGGAGCUGAGCACCAGCCCAGAGAAGCUGCUGGAGAGUUAUGAACAGCAGCUGAAAGUUCUGCAUAAACUUUUGUCAGCUUCUGGUACAGAGCGGGAGCAGCUCCUGAAGGACCAUCAGCACGGAGAGAUCUGCACAUUUGUCCACCGCAUCACUGAGAAGGUGAAGAGCGAAGUUACGGCUGAGCUCGCUGCUCUUCACGAGAAGCAGGCAAAGAUCUCCUCAGAGCAGCACCACAAAGAAACAGAAGAGAUGCGUCGAGUACACAGUGAAGAGAAGCACGCAUUAAAGGAGGCACACACAGCAGCUGAAGCCGCUCUGAAGGGGCAGAUUGAAGAACUGACAUCAGACUUGAAACUGUUCACCAUGUUGAAACAGAGAGUGAAGGAGUCCACACUGAACAGGGACCUUCGGAGAAACAUUGAGACUCAUGGCAGCCCUGGUGAAUUCUGGGAGCAGGAGCAAGAGAGUCUGCUAAUUGUCAUAGAGAUGAAGAGCGAGCGUUUACAGGAGCAGGGAAGCAAGCUGCGGCAGAUGGAGGCGCUGGUUGAGAAGAACCUUUCUCUGGAGGACCAGGUUUUGCAGGUUCUACAGCAGAACGAGGACCUGAGAGUUCGGAUAGAGAACUAUCAAACACUAAUACACCAACUUUCCAAGGAGCAGAAUGAGACACAGGAGGCUCUGGAGAAGCAGACCCUGCAGAUGCAUAAACUCAAUCAGGAAAAAGAGGAGCUGCUUUUUAAACUCCUCCACAGCCAGGACUCUCGCUCCUCGUUUCACAUGCCGGCCCUUAUUCCUGCGGAAGUGUCCCACAGCUAGCCUGACUGGCCUUCUCUCAGACUGGAGUGGACUUUACUCACCAAAGCCUUGCCAUUGACUCCAGUGUUUUGUUACUUGUGCCUCAAUUUUUACCUUGUUGCUGCUGUUGAUUUCUAUACAAGCAACUGUUUUCAAGAAGCAGUGGACAUUACGCCUCGUCGAAACUGACUUACAGCAUCCGUUUUACUGUCAGUCUUUGGAAAACUGAUGUAAUGGUUGUAUUUGUAUUUUACGUUUUGGUUUUAUUUAAUUUUAUUCAAUGCUCUGAUGCAUUUUGGAAUAGUCAUAAUAUACCAAUAAUGCUGUAUAGAUAUAAUGGUAAUCUGCUACUUUGCUGGUGAUUUUAGGCCGGCUUGUUUAUAGUCUUUAGCAUUAUGCAUAUGAUGUUGUCAAAUGACAGAGGUUCUCUUUAUUUCCCCCCAAAGACAAUCAGCCAUUUUUCCUUUUUGCCGUGCAACACUGUAGCAGGCAAAAGCACUUGUACGUGUAGUUUAAAAGCAAUAGGGAUAUUUUUUUCCAGAUGCACUGGCACUUUUGCAGCAGUAUUUUUCGUGUGUGUGUGUGUGUGUGUAUAUAUAUGUAUGAAUGAGGAUGAUUGUGGGACUUGUUGGUUUAGAACUGUAUGUUUGCAUGCUUACACCUUUGGAUGUGUUCAUGGAAGUGUCGUUUCUGAGCACAUGGAUCGUUCUGGUAGUUGAGACAUGACUGGUGACUCACUGGAGUGGAAUCAGUGUUUUGUUAUUUAGGCAAAUAUAUGAAUGUUUGCUGGGAGAGAACCUCAUAUAUUAAGAAGUGUGAGUGCAGAGCAAGUUUGGACAGAUGCUGGAGGACUCCUUUACUGGUCGUUGGUCAAUGGUGCAGAACAAUGUAGAGUAGUUAGUGCUCAAAAUGGCUGUUUUUGUACUUCAAUUGCAUUUGAGUUUUUCUCUGAUUUCUUUUUCUUUCUUUUAUACUCGUGUUCCCAUGUGCCUGUUCUGUUGUCCAUUUUCUUACCUCUGAACCAGUCCUUGUUGCAAUGGGCAUCCCAAAGAAAGGUGAACCUCAAUAAAACUGCAUCUGUCCAAUGUA